AUAUUAGUGAGAUGAUGGCGAAGGUGAUUUAUGCCAGCUACUUGUUGGCGCGCUUUUCUCCUGACAUCGUUUGGCGGACCUACAUUUUCGGGCAGGGUCUAAUAUGUCUGAGAGCAUAAAGGUCAUUUGCCGUGUAAGACCACUCAAUGAUUUAGAAAAGGCGAACGACAGCAAGUUUGUUGUAUCUUUUCCUGGUGAUGGCAAAACGGCAAUAUCGAUUGGAGGCAAAAACUUUAACUUUGAUCAUGUAGUACAACCUAAAGCAACUCAGUUAGAAGUCUACGAAAUUGUUGCCAAACCAAUUGUUGCGGAUGUUCUAAAUGGAUAUAACGGCACAAUUUUCGCUUACGGCCAGACAUCGAGUGGAAAAACAUUUACUAUGGAGGGGAUUCUAGGUGACCCAGUCUUUCAGGGUGUUAUUCCCCGGAUAAUACACGACAUAUUCAAUCACAUCUACCAAAUGGAUGAAAACCUUGAAUUUCAUAUCAAAGUUUCAUAUUUUGAAAUAUACAUGGAUAAGAUUCGCGAUUUGCUUGAUGUUUCAAAGACAAAUCUACCUGUCCAUGAAGAUAAAGAUCGAGUGCCUUAUGUUAAAGGAGCCACAGAACGGUUUGUGUCUAGUCCUGAAGAAGUAUUUGACGUCAUUGAUGAGGGGAAAGCCAAUCGUCAUGUGGCUGUAACAAACAUGAACGAACAUAGUUCUCGAAGUCAUUCAGUAUUCAUGAUUACGGUUCGACAAGAAAAUUUAGAAACGCAGAAAAAACUCCAUGGAAAACUUUAUCUUGUUGAUUUAGCUGGUAGUGAGAAAGUUGCUAAAACAGGGGCCGAGGGUACUGUUUUGGAUGAAGCUAAAAAUAUCAACAAAUCGUUGUCUGCUCUCGGUAAUGUGAUCAAUGCACUUGUAGAAGGGAGCUCGCACGUUCCUUACCGUGACUCUAAGUUGACGCGUAUUCUUCAAGAAUCUCUGGGUGGUAAUGCACGGACAACAAUGGUGAUAUGUUGUUCACCAGCUGCUUUUAACGAUGCUGAGACAAAAUCAACUCUUAUGUUUGGCAUGCGCGCUAAAACAAUCAAGAAUUUAGUCACUGUAAAUGAAGAACUAACUGCUGAUGAGUGGCGACGACGAUAUGAACGUGAGAAAGAGAAAGUUAGGAAACUUCACAAUAUUGUAUCUCAUUUGGAAAGUGAACUGAAACGUUGGCGAGGUGGUGAAUCUGUCAGUCAAACUGAAUGGUUUACAGAAGCUCAAUAUUCAGCUGCCAUAGAUGAUGCAAAGGACAUAACAACUCCAGAUGUAUUUCCAACCAAACUCAUGUCAGAUAGCAUUUCGUCAACUGCACCACAAAGUGUUCAACUAUCAAAUAUAUCUCAAACGCGCACCGGUUCAUUUCCAUCAUCACGUGUAGCUGCCACUAGUGAUACUCUCAGUCCAACCGCGGGUGGUGUCGGUGAUGAACAACUACAGUUUCUUUAUCAACAACUUGAUGAUAAAGAUGAUGAAAUUAAUAAACAAGCUCAAACAAUUGCUCGUCUUCGACAACAAGUUGAAGAACAAGACGAAAUCAUCAAUACUUUACGUAAAGAACGUGAAGGUCAACUGAAGGAGAUCACAAACCUCCAAGCUGAAUAUCAAUCGAGUAAAGAAGAGGUUAAAGAAGUUUUACAAGCUUUAGAAGAAUUAGCUAUGAAUUAUGAUCAAAAAGCACAAGAGAUUGCUUCAAAAGCAAAAGAAUUAGAAGAAGUUCAAGAAUCUUUAUUAAAACAGACUAGAUUAAUGCAUAGUAAAGAUGGUGAAUUAUCUCAAUUGAAAGAUACACAUCAAAAUCAAAAGAAGAAAUAUACUGAAAUGAUGUCUAGUUUAUUGAAAGAUUUAAUUGAUGUUGGUGAAUGUCUAAAUGAUCAGUUGACGAAACCAUCUGUUGGCGCUGAACGAUUAGAUGAAGAAUUCACUGUAGUUCGUUUAUAUAUAAGUAAAAUGAAAACUGAAGCAAAAUCAUUACAAUCACGUGUACGUCAAUUAGAAGAAGAACGUGUUCAACAUGUACAAUUAAUGCGUAAAAGUGAUGAUGAAUCAAAAGAUCUACGUACAAGAAUUCAUGCUUUUGAAGUGAAAAUUGCUACAUUAACAGAUAAAAUUGAUGAAUCUGAAUCACGUAAACGUCAUUUACAAGAAACUGUUGAUAAUAUGAACGCAGAAAUAGCAAAACUUCGUGCAAAUGAACAAUUUAUGUCGGGUUCAGGUGAACAAAAUGAAAAAAUUCUCUCUGGACAAUCAGCUAUACGUGCUAAAUUAGAUGAAGAAUUUAAACGUCAAUCGGAACAUUAUGCUACACAAGUGAAAAGUUUACGUGAUGAAUUAGAUGAAAAACAAAAGAAAUUAGAAGAAUAUAAAGAUGAAGCAAAUAAUUUCAAAUUCCAAUCAGAAAAAUCUCAAGAAGAAGUGACACGUUUACGUAAAGAACUAGAGGAUAAAACUACACGAUUGGAAACAUUAGAGAAAACUACAGAGAAACGUGAACAAGCAAAAGAAGAUCUACGUGGUUUAGAAGAGACUGUUAUUAAAGAAUUACAAACAUUGCAUAAUCUACGACGUUUAUUCAUACAAGAUCUUAAUUGUCGAAUUAAAAAGUCUGCCAAUCGUGUAAAUGCAUUAACUGCAGCUGAAAAAGCCACUGCUAAUAAUAAUAAUACUAAUAAUGCUAACCAGGGUGGUAAUACACCGAACGCUGGUAGUGGUAUACCAGGUCAACAACAAAUCUCUGAAAGUCUACUUAUGGAUGAUGACGACGAUGAUGAACCAAUUCAAGUUGGUACAUUAGCACAACGUGAAAAAAUUGCAUUCCUUGAAAAUAAUUUAGAUAAAUUGACAAAAGUACAUAAACAACUUGUUCAUGAUAAUGCAGAAUUACGUUGUGAAUUACCAAAAAUGGAAAAACGUCUAAAGGUUAGUUAGUUAGUUUGUAGAUGUAUACAAUUUAUGUGUUUUUUUCGUAAAAUCAUACCUAUUCAUAUGCUGUCUAUAUAUUGAUGUAAUGGGCAUAGGAUUUCCGACAAAAUUUACGGUCAGUUAGUCACAACGUAGAAACCGGUAGGUAUGUACAUUGACUCAAAUUGUCAUAUCCUGUCCACACAUAGAUGAAAUUGUAAGCCCGAACCCCAAACUAGUUAAGGUAGUAACAGUAUCAGUGAAGUUGUGAAAUAUUCAGCGUCAAAGAUACGAUUCGAGAAGGAAAUAUAAUAAACUAGUGAAAUAAAGACAAGAAAAGUUUAAUGAAUUCAGAAGCUCAGAAUCUGAGGAAAGUUAGUGCGUGGAUACACCUGCACCAUUGCAAACGAUUUCUAACCCUUUCAUUCAAGUAUUUAACCAUUGGUUACUAUAAUCACGCGGACAACAAUCAGGUAGUCUACACCUAUUCAGUCAGUCAGUAACAACGUAGAACUUCCUACGUACGUACAUCAGUUCGAGUUGCCAUACCACAUUAGCACAAAGAUUCAGUUAUCGAUUCAAAUCCCCUAGUGGUAGAGUUAGUAAGUGUAUAAGCAGUAAUCCGAAAGAUUAGGGUUUGAAGGUGUUAUUCAAAGAGUAUAAUCCAUUGAAAUAAAUUUGGAAAGAUAAAAAGAAAACGGACACAAAGAAUUUGGGAGAACACAAAGAGUGGAUGCAUCUGAGCCAUUGUAAACGAUUUUGAGCCAUGUCAUUAACAAGACUCAAUUCUAUUGACUUCAUGAAUUGAUACCAUGUUUCGUUUUGCUGACCCAGGCUUUCUCGAAGCCUACUCUAGCAGAAAACAUCUACCGUCGAGGUAGGCGGUGGUUGUGUAUAUGUAACACAUGUCCCAACCACCUCAGUUGAUGAAGACUCACCACUUAUUCGAUUGAUUUGCCAUCUUUACUUAGUACUCUAUUCUUAGUUCAGACAUUGGUUACUCCGUGGUUCAAAACUGCACGAGAUAUACUUCGAAGACACGUACAAUUGAAUACUAGUAAGACACGAAUAUCAUUUUUCCUUAAUCAUCAUGUUUCACACGUAUUAGGUAGGGUGAAGUGAAAUGCUGAACAGUGUACUCGUAAUUAGGUUGGUAGAUGGAUAUCUUGCUCACAUCACAGGUGACAUGAGAUGGUAAAAGCCUAUCGAACCUUCUGAAUCCGUGCCGAGAUCUCGUCAAACGGCAGGACAUCAGAAAAGUGGUCAACACGCCCAACGUCUCCACUAAUAUCGUCGGCUCAGUUCGUAGAUCAGUUUUUGAAUUUGUAGUAGGGGAAUGUAUGACGAAUAAAGUUCAAAUGUUUCUGCAAUCGAGUUCUAAUUAUUGUCUUAAUAAUAUCAACUAUUGAAUUUACUAUCGAAAAAAAAAAAAACAAACAGGAACUCUAAAUACUUAGCGUAUUUUUGUAUUUCACUUCAACAUGUGUUGUGAUCUGUUAUUUUUACGAUCCGAUAGAGUUUUUCCUGAAGACUGAGUAGGUUUCACCAGUUUACUCUUAUCUCCGUGAUUCGUAUAUUUGCAUUUAUAUAUUACGUAAGUAUAAAAUAUAGAAUUUUAAUUAAAAAUUUUUUUUUUAAAUAACCAUUUCCCAGAGUACUCUUGAACGUGUACGUAGUUUAGAAUUAUCAUUAAAAGAAGCUAAAGAAGGUGCUAUGCGUGAUCGUAAACGUUAUCAAGUUGAAGUGGAACGAAUAAAAGAAGUUGUACGUCAACGUAAUGUUACAGCACGUCGUGGUCAAUCACAAAUAGCUAAACCAAUACGUGCAGGACAUGCUCCUAUUAAUAAUCCUCAUGGUCUUAGUGUUGGUGGUGUUAGUGGUGGUGUAUCAAUUAAUUCACAACCAGUUUUACGACCAGAUCUUCUCGGUGCACCAUGAUCAAAAUAUGCUCUUAUUGAUAUUAUUUUUUAUUUGUGUUUAACUCUUCUCUAUGUGUCAUUCAUUUGAAUUCAUUUGGUUGAUAUACAUAAAGAAUAUAUUCAGUAUAUUGGAAGAAAAAAAUAACUACUUUAUAAAGAUCUAUUCACUACUUACAUACAUUAAUAUUAUAUAUAUACAUAAUAAUACUGAACAACAAGAUAGGAAUUCAAUUCGCUAAUACUCAUAUAUAAGUAUAUAUACUGACCAAAUCUAUCAAUGAUGUAAUGGGUAUUUGAGUACAACAAUAUAUACAUAUGUAAUUCGUUUACUUUUAUCAAAUUAUCAUUAUUGUCUUUAUUUUCUUUGGUUUUUGUUGUUGUUGUUGUUGAUCAUAACAACAACUGCACAUUAUCUCUUUUACACACACACACACACGUACACAUACAGACAUACAUAUAUACACUAUGAGCCUUAAGUUUGAUGUAUAUUUAUCCCCGGUGUGUAUUUUUUUUUUUUUUGGUAGUCGAUUUCUUUCACAUUUCUUGCUUAUUUCAUUCAUCCAUUCAUUCAAUGAAUUGAUGUUUUGUUUUGUUUUUGGUAUAUCAUUGAUGAUAAAUUAACCAUGACUGAUCAUUAAGUGAUGACAACUAGUUGACUAGAGUAUUCUCUGUGUUAUUAUGAUGAUAAUGGUGAUGAUGAUGUGUGCAUGUGUGUGUGCAAUUGCACUUUGCUUUGCUUAUUGUGCCUAUUCUUGAAUGUUCAUUUUAUUAUUAUUAGUAUUAGUAUUAUUAUUAUCUAUUUCAUGUGGAAUGAUUAACUUUCCUUUCUAUCUUCUAUUACUUUCAUCUUAUUCGAUAAAAUGGUUUUGUGUACUACUAUUACUACUAAUACUAAUACUACUGAUAAACAUCAGUAGUCUAAAACAUUAAUAAAAUAAUGUUAUUUUCUUAUAUGAAUUAAAGAAAUUCAUUUCUGCGCCAUACAUUUACAUUAUAUACUAUGAAUGAAUAAUCGAAUAUUUUAUAGAAAGGGGAAACAAUGAUAAGGAUGUAUUGAUGGUAAAUCAAAAGUAAAAUGAUUAUUUACUAUAGUAACAAUAAUAAGUAAUCUCUAGAGAAAAAAAUGUUCACAUGUGAACAUACUAACUAACACAUUUGUAUGUAUCAUAUAUAUAUAUGUAUGGUUUCAAUUUCUUUUCUUUUUUCUUUCUCUUUUUUUUGGUUUGUGCACACGUACGUUAUGAUGUAAGUGUAUCUGUUGUACACGCACGCACGCACACACACAUUCCGUACGUGCUUACAUCAAUAAAGGGGGUUGUAUUUCUAUUGACAAUAACAAAUAAUUGACAGUUAAUCAUUUGUGUGUGUGUAUGUGUCAAUCAAUUCUACAUUUAUUGAUUCUCUUGAAUCGAUCCAACUGGAUUGGGUUGUUUUUUUUCUUUCAGUUGUGCCUCCCCCUUAAUAUGAUCUUGAUUCUUGUUGUUAUGAUCAUUAUCAUCUUCAUUGUUAUGAUUAUUAACAAUGAACAACUCUAUACAUGCGUAUAUUUACAUAUAUUUCUAAUUUGCUUUAUUCUAUUUAUUGAAUAUGUAUGUGUUUUCUUUUUGUUUUGUUCUAUUUCUCUCAGUGUUUUUUUUUUCUUCUUUUGUUUCUCUCUUUGCCCACAUUGAAAUAAAAGUAUAAUAAUGUUCACAUGAAUAAAAAUAAUACCGCUUAUGUUUACUGCUAACAGUUAAUAACAGAAUAUAUAAAUGUGAUAAUUUAAUUCUUUCGGUUGUUCUUUUAUCUUUCUAGUGUCAAGAUAGUUGUAUAAUAUAGAUUGGAUUGGUUUAUGUUAAAUAUUCAUAUCAUUUAAAUGUUGACUCCAAUGGUUUAGAAGUUAAGUGUUUGUAUACGAGAUCAAAGAUUCUUAGUUUUGAAUUCCAUGUAUGUGGAUCAUGGAUACAUAUUGUUAAGGUGAAACGGUUGUCUAAUUCGUUGAGGUUUUCAGUAGUGGUCUAACAUUGUUUCGGUUCAUGAUUUCAAUGAAAUAAUAACAUAAUUGUGACGAUUUUUGUGGAUAUCGAGUUUAACUUCAAUUUCUAUUGUCUGGUUUAAAUAGUUGGCAUGUUUUCCUAACAGAACUACCCCAGUUAAAUGAACAAAUAGAAAGUAAACUAACAAUUUGACGGUUAUUCAUUGUAGACCGUUUUUUUAACGUGGAACCAUUUAUCACAUUGUGUAAUGACAAGUAUUCCUUGACUUAAUAUAACAUCAAUGGGCCCUCAAAUGCCCUGCUACGGCCAAGAGUGGGGAGAGUCCGCUAUCCCUCUCAAAAUGCUCACACAUGGCCGCACAUAUAUAGCCUCUGAAAGAGGAUGAAAAGCGAAUGUGCGGCGCUUUAACCGGAUCCCAAAUCAAUGGUGCACAUGGGCUGGCUCCA